AUGCUCACUCCUGAGGCUGAUGCGGAACUUCAAAAACUCUUUCCAGAUGAUGUUUAUAGGGACGUACGCCUCGGAAUCACCAUUCAAGAUUUAUUAGAAAAACUUCCUACACACUAUCCUGCAGAUAUUGCGAAAGUAUUAGCUUCUACCAGUAUAGCACAGUCAGAUGAAGGAAUCUUAAGGCUAUGCUGUAAUAUGGCAGAAUUUAUGGAAACAUACUCUGGAAAUAACGUAAUUUUUGCUCAAUUAUGCGAUAAUUUAAAUAAGUUAGCUGGGCCAAAUAACAAAUUAGCUCACAUAAAAGACGUCAUUCUUAAAUUUAUGCUUGAUGCAGACUUUCUUUCUCCUCAUAUAUCUGCAAGGCUAACACAAGCUGAAUUCUUCGCAGUUUAUUGGAAAUCAUAUCACAUCUCUGAGGAAGAAAUAGUCGCAGCAAUGAAACAUUACCAUCAGCAAUGCCCAUUAUCUGAGCUUCCUCUUGUAUACUUCUUUAUUUUCUUCCGAGAUAUGAUACAAAGGAUUGAUCCUGAAUUUUACAUCGUUGCAGACGAAUUUUGUAGCAAAGCAAUGAAAACUAAACAAUCUUUUUCAGAUUGCUUCCACAAUUCAGUUGUUUUUUCUUAUGAGGUUUGGCAAGAACUCGCGGGUGCAGUUCGAAACAACAAUUUCCCAGAUCCAAUAGUAAUUACUAUUUGGGAUGAUGAUAUCGCAAGUUUUGAACAAAUAGCUUCUCAACCUGAUUUCGACUUAGGACAGACAAUUCCAAAUAUUACAUUUUUACCACUUACGUCGACAUUUAAAUCAGCAACGAUCACCGAAUUUGCUGCUUUCGCUGGCGCAUCAAAAAUUUUCCAUUACUGUCUUUCUCACGGCGCUGACGUCACAGCUCCAUCGACAUGUUUAUAUACGAUCCCACAGCUUGCUGCUGCUGGUGGAAACUUCGAAAUAAUAAGAACUGUAUCUCAAUUACAUUUACCAACAAAUGGCGUAGCGCAUACUGCUACAAUGGCUCGCAGAAGAGACGUCUUCGAAUUUGUCCAAAGAUUUUUCCCCGACGAUAUUAACCAUCAAAUACCAAGGUUAGGUUCUGUCUUCAUGCAGUGCUGCAGCUGUGGCGAUUUAAUCGGUGCAGUCGAUCUCAUGUGUCACGGUGUUGAUUUGAACCAAAGAGACAACUCCGGCCAAAUUCCAAUCAAUUUCGCUAUCAGAAACGGAAAACGCGACAUCACACGUAUGUUACUAGCCCAUCCUAAGGUCGAUACUUCCCUCAAAGACCUCAGCGGUAACAGUACUUUGCAUUAUGCAGCUGAAUACGGUCACGACGACAUUGUCAUGGAAGUUUACAAGCGCGGUGGUUGUAAUAUCAACGACCAAAACGAUAUGGGCUUUACACCAUUAAUGAUGGCCUGUUUCCGUGGCAAAUUACGUGUAGUCAAGAAAAUCUGCGCUUUACCUGAAUUAGAUUGGAACGUUAAGUCAUCAUGGGGCUUAUCCGCGUUAUCAAUAGCUGUCCAGAGUGGUUAUCCAGAGCUUGUCAACUUCAUGCUCGAAAUUCCGACCGUUGAUGUAAACACAGCCGAUAACAAUGGAAAGACACCACUUCAUUUCGCAGCAGAAGCAGGUUUCGCAGCCAUGGUUCGUAUCCUUCUUUCCUGUCCUAGAGUAGAUGUCAAUCUAACAGACAGCGAAGGUUGGACACCACUUCACCUCGCUGCAGAAAACGGUUUUGCAGAAGUUGUUGCAUUAUUAUGUGAAAAGGAGAACAUCAAUCCUAAUGUCAUGGAUCUUUACGGAAUGGCUCCUCUUCAUUAUGCAGUGAGAAAUGGAAAAGUUGAAGCUGUACAAGUUCUGUUGAGUUGUCCAACAACAAAUUCGAAUAUAAAGGACAGGAGAAACAGAGUUCCUUUGUGCUACACAAAGAGCCAUCCAAAGAUCGCGGAGUUGUUGAUGCAACAUCCUUUGAUUGAACCUCCUGAUGAAGAUGAAAUGGGUUUGUCGCCUGUGGACAAUUCACCUGUUGUUAACUUUAUUUAA